GUGAAGAACAAAAUAGGAAGUAGUUGACGAGAAGCUAGCUAGCAUGGUUAAUAUUUAGCUAGCUGCUUCACUUCAGAAUACUGUACUAACUAAUUAACAAUAUGUUUAACGGAGUGAAGCUGUCUUGCCAUUGACUACAUUUUUGUUGGUACGUAGGUAGGACAAUAUGAGCGGAGAGAGGGAAACGUUGUUGGAUGGAAUCGAACAGAGUUUGUGGAAUUUAACCGAGAACAAUUUACGUUACCUGUGUGAACGUUGUGGAAUAGCUGGCCAAGAUGGCUCCGACGUUAAAGGGAAGAAUUAUCGCUCGUUGCGUCGUAAAAUAGAAGAAUAUUGUGAAAGUGAUGAUUUAAUGAAAUUAGAGGACCAGGGAAUGUCUUGGUUACUCCAACUGCAAAACGACAUCAAAACAAUACAGCAAGAUGCUAGCCCCAGCCAGUCAGCGCAAGUGGACACACUGGACGGCACCGAACCAAGCAGAACCAAGAACGAGGGGGGCGCUGAGAGGUUGACAGACCCAGCUCCAGAGAGACACAUACCACCAGAACGGAGGGAGAAAGUGAGUGACGACUCAGAAGACCCAUCUAGACAGUCCCCAGCCAGUUCUUCGGAGCCCCAGCGCUCGGCGUCAUCACCGGGUCCUGACAGGAACCAUGGUGACCAGAGGUCAAAACUGGGUAGUCUGCGGAUAGUUCUACAAAAAGUUGUCGUCGUCAAGGAGGAGGAAGAUGACUGGGAUUGUUGUGUUACAGGUAAGAGUCCCAACCAACCAUCUGCCAGUGAAUAUAGUCCCUCUUCAUCGGAAGAACCAGAACAUUCCGAAUCUGAAGAUCCUGAACAUUCCGAAUACGAAGAUCCUGAACAUUCCGAAUCUAGAAGAUCCUGAACAUUCCGAAGCAGAAGAACCUGAACAACGACGAGUGAAACGCAAAACUAAGACUCACAGCUGCCUAGCGUGUGGGAGGAAGUUUGUCUCCUUGUACACACUAAGGAGACACCAGAACAGGACACACACAGGAGAGGAGACAGACAACAGGACACACACAGGAGAGGAGACAGACAACAGGACACACACAGGAGAGGAGACGGAGAAGAGUAAAGGACAGAGUCCCGCUUCAGGAGAACCUGAACAACAGAAGAGGAAAUGGGGAGUCAGGAAGACCCACUCCUGCCCCGAGUGUGGGAGACACUGCCCAUCCUUAUCAGCACUGAAGGUCCACCAGAGAAUUCACACUGGAGAGAAGCCUUACCUCUGCUCUGAGUGUGGGAAAGGCUUCACUUAUCAAAGUAGCUUGAGAUUACACCAGAAGAAAGACUCAGCUGACAAGGUGACCUGCUGCUGUGGACAAGAGUUCUCCUCAAAGUGCGUUCUGGAGGUUCACUUGAAGACAGACACUGGAGCCAAGCCUUACACCUGCUGUGUGUGUGGCAAGGGGUUCGGUAAAAAAGAACGGCUAAAGGAACACCAGCGAUCCCACACAGGAGAGAUGCCUUACUCUUGCUCUUUCUGUGGCAAGGGUUACUACCACAAACCGGCUUGGAAAGCCCACGAGCGAACACACACCGAGGAGAAGCCCCUGUGCUCUGUGUGUGGACGGACCUUCUCUAAUAAGACUACAUUAAAAGUCCACCAACGAACACACACAGGAGAGAAGCCUUUCCUCUGCUCUGAGUGUGGCAAGGGCUUCCUCAGUAAAGCAUACCUGACGACCCACCAGCGAUUCAACUGUUCUGGGGGAGAGGAACGACGGCGAGCAAAGAGAUUUCACAAGUGUCCGGACUGUGGGAAGGAGUUCACACAAGCAAACAAACUGGAGAGACACAUGAGAACACACACAGGAGAGAGGCCUUACCAGUGCUCUGUGUGUGGGAUGACGUUCAACCAGAAAGGGAAUCUCAAAACGCAUUUUAAAGUGCACACAGGAGGGGAUCCCAGUUUAGUGGCUGACAUGGAGACUCCCUCUGAACAACCUCGGGACAACAGACGUAAAGCUGGGAGACCACAACGCUGCCUCCAUCAGCAUGACGAGGAGGGAACCCAAAACCUACCGGCACCACAAACCCACCACCUCCCGGCACCACAGAAGGAGGAAACCCACCACCUCCCGGCACCACAGAGGGAGGGAACCCACCACCUCCCGGCACCGCAGAGGGAGGGAACCCACCACCUCCCGGCACCGCAGAGGGAGGGAAACCACCACCUCCCGGCACCGCAGAGGGAGGGAACCCACCACCUCCCGGCACCGCAGAGGGAGGGAACCCACCACCACCUCCCGGCACCACAGAAGGAUGGAACAAACCACCACCUCCCGGCACCACAGAGGGAGGAAACGUCCCACCACCUCCUGGCACCACAGAAACCCACCAUGUCCCCCAGGGGAGAAAAACACUAUCUCUGCCCUGAAUGUGGCAAGACUUACACCCGGGAAUACGACCUCCGGGUCCACCUCAGAACGCACACAGGAGAGAGACCGUACCAGUGUGAUGAAUGCGGAAAGACCUUUGUUCGGAAACAAGGGCUCCGUCAACACCGGCGGUCACAUGCUCCCAAGCCCAUGGGACCGACCCGUCAGUUAGGCCGGCCCGUCAGCAUGGGCUCCAGUAGCAGAAGACCUAACCAAUCACCCAGGAUGGGAAGCUCUAAGCAGCAGUUGUCCAGGGUUGAUAAACCCAUGCCUCCGUUCUCUAGUGUAGAGAGGCCCAUGCCGUUCCAUACAGUGGAGAGACCCAUGCCUUUACAUCGAGUGGAAAGACCGAUGCCGUUACCAGACAUGGAGAGAGAACACUGGCAGUACUGGCACCUUUAAACUCCAUGGCUAUGUCUGCAUCCUAUUCCUUAUAUAAUGCACUACUUUUGACCAGGGCUCAUGGGGUUCUGGACAAAUGUAGUGCACUAUAAAUGGAAUAGGGUGCCAUUUUGGACACACAAUGUCUCCCAUGACUAAACAGAACUGUUCUUCUUGCUUCCGUGUGUGUGUGUGUGUGUGUGUGUGUGUGUGUGUGUGUGUGUGUGUUGUUGUUGCUUCCUCAUUUAUGAUCAGUAUAAUAAUUGUUACCACUGUGCAAGAUAAUCUUGCCAACUGUAGUUAUAGUAAUGUACAUAUUUUUAAUCAACAAAAAUUAAGCGAUUGCAUUUUUGUCCAUUCUAGUGUUUAAAAAAGAAAUAAAAAAUAUCUUAUUUUACUUAUUGAAGCUGUAAUGAUACAAAACAAAUCCACAGUGACGUACAUGUCAUAAUGCCAGUAUCAAACGUUGGCCUUUUUGUAUAUGCCUUAGAACAUUUUGAUUUCAUUGACAGUAUAAGCAGAGAUGGCUAAGUUGUAAGAUAUGUCAUCUGUUGUCUUUAGACUUCAGCCCGGAUGGUGGUGAUGUGUGUGUGUUGCUUCCUCGUCUGUGAUCAGUACAAUAAAGUCUGCUGUAUUGUGUAAGAUAAGCAUUCCGAC